AACAAUACCUCAAGAAAUCAUAUGACUUCUCUGCACGUGACUUUAUUUACCAUUUAUUUACAGUCAUGUUACAACUCCUGAAUAUAUACGAUGGAGUUUUUAUAAGUGAGUGAUAGUGAGUAAAUCUGAAUUCAAUUGGGAAUGCAAUUACUUUUCCUCUCGUUGACUUAUAAUGUCUUUUAUCACUAAAUUGUUCUUGUCGAAAAACGAUUUCACCAAACAGAAUGCUAUUGAAAGUGACACGCCAUUAAAUAUUGAAAAUCAGACAAAUGAAAGAAAAUCUUUGAACUUUGGAACGGAUCAGGUUCGAAUAUUAUUAUUCCGUGAAUGUGAAUGGCGUGGAAGAAAACUUCUUUUUGAUUCUGUAACAGUGGAGAAAUCGCAGCCUAAAAAUUCGUCAUUUUGUUCAUUAUUUAAAAGUGAAAAAGAGAAAAAAUGCAAACCCUCAGGAGAAACAGUGAAUGGAAUUGUCGAGCAACAAAAAUUAGCAAACGAAGACGUGAAUUUGUUAAGUGAAAUGGUUUUUGGCACUGUGGCCAUGACAUACAGAGGACCGUCUUUUAAGAUUCACACAAUAAAUUCUCCGCCAUGUAUCAUGUGUACUAAAGUCUUCCCAGCAUCUGAGCACAGUACAUGCCGGAAAAGUGAAAAACAAUCAGAUGAACGUAUUGUACACAAUCCUGAAUCUAACUCAAGUAGUGGAAGUGUAAGAACACAAGACUCGCGGCCCAGCUCCGGAAAUUUAUCAGCAAAUAGUCUCAGUCCAAAUAUUAGAAAGAGCUCUACGUGUUCUAGUACAGGAAGUGGUUGGGACAUAGAUAUUUGUUUACCUCAUGGUAGUUCACAUUCAUUAGAAAGCAAUUUUUCAGGAAAAGGCAAUAGUCUAAAUAGUCUUCGAAGAAGAUGGAUUCGAUCCAUUUCAACAUCUUUGAGUCCCACUGAAUCCGAUUAUUUGUUCACGCAUUACAAUGAAAAUUCUAAUGAACAGGAAAAAAAUGUUCGUCGACACAAAACGAGGCUUGGUUUAGCUUUAUUAAUACGACUUACGCGAGGACAUGAACAAGAAAUGGAAUCUAAAUUGUUGGAACAUGCGGCUUUUCUCGAAGGAAUGUUAAAUCGAUUACGUCUAUCAUGUGCUGGCUCAAAUAAAGGUCAAAACAAGGACAAAGGAAAUGAAUUGAUAACACGUCUACAGAAAGCAUCGUCUUGUUGCACAAUUUGGUUAUUACGUUUUCUUAUGAAUUCCACUGACUCGACAACACCUUUAUUGUGGCACGAUACUAUGUUAAAUACGACAUUGCCGAAAGAAGAAAGAUUCAACAUAAUACACAAUGGUCUUAAGGAAAUGUGUAGACUGCUCGACAAUUUCGAUACAAAAUCAACCAAGUUCUUCUUAAGCACGUUAGUGACUGCCGUUUUAACCCAUCACCUCGGUUGGGUUCAUACAGUUUCAUCUGGAUUUAAUCGCGAGACGGUGGAAAAAUUACGUAAGCAAUUUCCCUGCAAUCCCUUGUGGGCUCAACUCGGAGAUUUAUACGGUGCCUUGGGGAAUCCAGUAAAAGUCGUUCACACUGUAAUCGCUGGAGAUUCUGACAAAGUUGACACUAUUAAUUCUAUAUUAAUAUUUUUAACCUAUUUCAUUCGCAGUGGAAUUGUGAAAAAAGAAUAUGAGCGUAGAUGUAAAUCACAGCAAGACGUUCAAGAGGCAAUAAUUUUAUUGGAACAAUUAAAAAAAAGAAAUCGUCCCUCAUUAUCAAAACCGUCCAUUAUUCCCAAUAAUUCGAGAGUACGUAAGACUUCAAAGAGGCGAGUGGAAUUAAAAAAGUCUGAUUUAGAUGAAGGCAAAAUUUACGAGAGUAAUCAAAGAAAAAUCUCCGAAGCCGUGACACCAAAAUUAAAACGAAGUAGCACAUUACUAAAGAAUCUUGACACUUUAAAUGGAUUACAUCCAAAAUUUGAAUUCGACUCACAUUGGAUAGAAGAAAGUGAAAUGAAAACUAAUACAGCAGCGAGUAAAGUAAAAAUUAUUGUUAGCGAAACUUCACCGUGUGAAAUUCGAAAAGAUCAAAGUAUGUAUCGAGAAAAUGCUUUACAGGAAUUAGAAAAGAAAUUUAACGAUGAGGUUGACGAUGCUUUUAUGGAAACAAAACUUGAUACACUUACAAGGGAUCGUUUAAGUGAAAUAAGAAAACUCAAUUCCGAUGAUUUAGGAAUUGAUUCCUAUUCACUUCCAUCAAAUAUUGAAUUUUCAAACCAAAGACAAGAGACCCAGGUUUUUUUUACAUUGGGCGAUGAAGAGAAACCCCUUAAGUCACGAUUACUUCCCCGAUGUAAUUGUCAAUGUGCCUUUACAUUUACAAAAGUGCCAAGUACUUCAGCCGAUCUACCAGAAGGUGUUCUCCGUAAAAUUAUCCAAAGAAAUUUCCCCGAAUCAUCGAAAAAUAUGCAAGUUUCACCUGAAGCUGCAUCUAAUGAUUCUUUAAGUUGUCUCAAAUGUCGAAGAAGAAAUAAAGCAUCGAAGGAAAAUUAUGAAAACGAUAAAUUACACCUUGAAACACCAACAAACGCUACCGAUGUUCUUCGCUCGUGUGUAAAUUCAUGUUCCAAUGAUGGAAUGUUCACUUUACCUGAUUUAAAUAGUUUCGAAGCUUUAAUGGAAGCAAAUAAUGUAAUUGAAUUACCAAUGCCACGCUCAAAUCAAAUUCCAAUAAGAAAAAAAAUACCAGAAAAUGUAGGAUUCACGAAUUCAUUGAUAAGCCGAAAAAUUGUACUCAAUGAGAAAAAGAAAUCACUUCCUGAGAUUUGUGAUUCGGAAUAUACCUGGGGAUUGGUGAUGCAGGGAAUGAUAAAGAGAAAAAAAUCUCGGAGAAAAUAUAAAGAUGAGAAAGACGAGAGUGAGGAUCAAGUGAAAAAUUGGUGGCAACCAAUGAGAGAGGAAAUUGAAAUUAAUGCCCGAUUUCCUUCAGUCGAUCAACCAGUGGCUGAAUCUCUUUGCAUUUUAGCUGAUCUCGAUACUUGGCAAGUUGGACUUUUAUCCAAUAAUUCGCCUGUUCACAAUCCCCCGUUACCAAUUGGAAUGUCGCGACUCGUUGCCAACAUGUUGGAGGGUUUCUCCUAUAUUUGGAAAAAAUAUCACUCUACAGAAGAUUGUAUUCAACUUUUGGAAAGUCGACUGAGGGAAAUGUGGCUGCGUAGCGAAACAUUAGCCGAAAUGUUGAUGACAGUAGAUCCUUAUGAUAUAAAUGUAAACAAUCUAACAAAUUCUUUGGAUAUGGAUGCUGCCGAUUUGCCUCUUUUGCUUGCUGUAGCGACAACACAUUCUCCUCAAAUUACGCAAAAGUUCGGUCUUACUUUAGCUUAAAUGCCAAAAACGUUCGAUUACUGCCACUUUUUAAAUUGUGUCUUAACUUAUAUAAGUGUGUUGUCUUGUAAAAAUAAGAGACAUAAAAAAUUCAUGAUUGACGUCAAAAGCAUUUUGUUCUGUUUUUUUUUUCGUUUCUUAUUAUUAGAAUUGUGUGUUUCAAAUCAUAAUUUAUUUUUGUGAAUGAAAAUGACGUAUUGAACGCGACAAAACAAAAGUGGUAGUUGUAUUUAUUAUUCAUUCGUCACUAUUUAUUUAUAAAACAAAACUGUAAUAUCGGAAACGUGUAAAUGUGAACGAUAUUGUCCUUUAUUUCAGUUAAGUCAUUUGCAAUAUGUACUACAUUAUAUUUAUAGCUCUCAGUGACUAAAAUUUAAUACUCGAUUUAAUGUAAUUUUUGACAAGUUACAUUUUUUUUAUUUUGAUAUUGCAUGAUGAAAACAUAAAAAAACGAUAAAAGUUAAUUUUUUUUUUUUUUUUUUUUUUUUGACGUUUGUUAAUUUAUUCUUUUUGAUAACCAUUAGGGCGUUCAUUGAAAUAUUCUGAAUUACUUGUUAAAGUGUCUAUUUUUAAGUUUAUGUACAUAUGUAUUAUAUGUCUUCAAAAUAUGAAGAAUAUUUCUUCACAUAGAAAGUUUAAUUGUAUGUGAGAGUUUAUUGUAAAGUAUAUUGUGUUUUUUUACAUAUCAUUUGAAAAAAGAAUGUUGUAAACUAUUUUCAAAACGAUUAAUAAACAUUUUUCUACAGA